AUGACCACGGGAAAGGUUGAAUCUAAAAAGGUAGCUCCUGCUCCUACCAAGGAGAAGAAAGUCAUUCCUACAUCCCCUCCCGAUUCCAAAGAGAAAAAAGGAAUUUUGAGAAGUUUAUCCUUUCAGUUCUCUAAUCUUGGGGUCAGCCGUAAGAAAGACAAUCCUUACGAUCUCACACCUGAAGAAGGACACUAUGAAGAACUCGGCCCUGUACUUGGCGUUCAAUGCUAUGGUACUUUGCUCAAAAAAUAUAAAAAGAAGAACAGACCAGCCAAGUGGACCAAAAGGUUCUUUCUCCUGAAGGAAUGUUUCCUCAUCUACUAUGCUGCUAAGUUUAAGAAAAACUUUGAAAAAACUCGACGUAUUGAUCUCCAUCCAAAGGGUAUCAUCCCACUGAUAGGUUGUUCUAUAGUUUGUGGAGGUGAUGUUGGAAAAAAACAUUGCCUUCUUAUUGCACACCCACAGCUACCAUCGGCUAUCAUAGUCGCUGCGAGUGAUCCGAAGAGUCAAGAAAUGUGGCUUAAGGCUCUCAGGACAGCAACCAAAGUUUCAUACAAAAAUACGAUAUAUGGAGAAACUAUGAUUCGUGAGUUGGAGACACGUGGAGUUAUGUUGAACGAAGAAAAGAAAGGAUACGAAGAACGACUAGAGAAGGAGGCUAAGGAACGUCAAAAAGAACAUGAGCGAGCGGAUGAAUUAUCUCGUGUGAAAGAUGAACUCGAAGAGGAAAGAGAAAAAUUGAUCAAAACUCUGAAGAAAUUACGUGAUGACUUGCAGAACGUUAAAAAUGAAUUGAAAUUAACAAGUGAAAUGAAGAAAACCUUAGAACAGGAAAAGCUCUCCCUCAACUCGAAAACCGAAUUCUUGCAGGCAAACAUGGAGUCUUUGAACAUUGAAAAAGAGAAGAUCCAAGAACAGAUGCAAUCUAUUUUACGUGAGCGCGAGCAAUUUCUUCUGGAGAAACAGAACUUGUCAACGACAACCUGUCAGUUGAAAAACCGUCUGUUGGAAAUUGAAACGAAAACUAAUUGUAUUCAAACGGAAAAAGAAAAAAUCGAACACUUGCUCCGUUUGAAUGAGACUAAGACUGAUGAUCUGGAAAAGGAGAGACAGUAUUAUACCCAACAAACAAAAGAUUUACUUUCAAACCUUAAGGAAGUGAAUGAACAGAAAGAAUUAACAGAAACCGAGCUUCGUGAGCAGGUUAUUGCUCGGAUGGGUGCCGAAAGACAGUUGCAGGCAGCUGAAAAAGCAUUGGAGCACUUAGAAAUGGCUCUGAAAAUGACUGGAGCUCAAAUGACAGAACUUCAAGAGCAUAUCAUGCCUGAUGUUCACAAGCUACGAGAAUUCUUCGAACAGUGCGCAGAGGAAGCAAAAUUGGAAGCAAACAGGACAGGGAUCAUGCGACAAGCUAUAUAUGCGAGGAAAUCGUUACGUCGAUCAAAACGUGGAUUUCGCUCCUCCAUCCGUAAGCAGUUGUCAUUCAAAGAGAAAGACAAAGAUAUCAACGAUAACAGUGUUGUAUCAGCAGAAUCAUAA